CGGCGGCGCGCCCUUAAACGGCCGGGGAGAACCGAACCGGCAGAAGCCCCCCCACUUCUGCCUUCCUGCGCCUCUUGUCCCUGCCCGUCUCUCUCUUAUCGCCUCCUCGUCUUUGCUCGCUCCUCCGAACCUCGAUUCCGCGAAACCCUAGUGCCAAUGGAGCUGUAGACUCGCGACCCAUCUGCGGGAGCCGGUCCGCGCGGUCGAUGGCGCAGGAGGGUCCUCUCUAGCUCGAGCCCUCGUCCUCCAUUUCUUCGGCUGGCAAUGGAUAAGCGGCGGUAGCUCGAGGUGACAUCUUAAUCUGCGGGGAACCAAAUAGAAUUCCUCUAAAGUGUGAUCCCUCACAUCAAUGGCUAACUCCUGCUUUACCAGAUACCGUGGCUUCCAUUACAGAUCAUCAGCACCGCUUCCUGCUACGAGAAAGCGUGGAACCAGAAGACUUUCCCAAACCUUUUCCAGCUGUGACACACCUUUUGUUUCCUCUAGUUCUUCUCUCAUAAUUCGUUCCCCCUCGCCAUUAGUAUUGACCGCUCGUUUUAUUCCGUCUGAUGCUCCGCAACGCUCCGAAGAAUGGUUCUCCCUUCGAAAGGAUAAGCUCACGACGAGCACCUUUAGCACAGCCUUGGGAUUCUGGAAAGGGACCCGUCGCCUUGAACUUUGGAAUGAGAAAGUUUUUGCACCGGAAUUGCAAAUGCCGGAAUCUUCCAAAAUGCGUGCCAUGGAGUGGGGUGUUCUGAAUGAAGAGGUGGCAAUAGACAGGUAUAAAAGCAUCACCGGCCGUGAAGUUAGCUCAUUGGGGUUCGCCACUCAUUCAGAGGAACGGUUUGAGUGGCUGGGUGCAUCUCCCGAUGGCCUUCUCGGGUGCUUUCCAGGAGGUGGGAUCUUGGAAGUGAAGUGCCCUUACAAUAAGGGUAAGCCUGAAGUAGCUUUGCCCUGGACAACCAUGCCUUUCUAUUACAUGCCUCAGGUGCAGGGCCAGAUGGAGAUAAUGGAUCGGGAUUGGGUGGAUUUGUAUUGUUGGACACCUAACGGGAGCACCAUAUUGCGUGUAUGUAGGGAGCGCGGUUAUUGGGAGCUAAUUCAUGGGAUUUUACGAGAGUUUUGGUGGGAAAAUGUAAUGCCCGCCAGGGAAGCUCUGUUGAUGGGAAAGGAAGAGGAGGCCAACUUGUUUAAGCCUGCCUCGACGCACAGACGGACAGGACUCGCGAUCGUCAAGAGCUUGAAACUGGCUAGCGAGGCGAAGUUGUUAUGCAGAGAGAUUGCUGGUCAUGUUGAGUUUUUCAGGUGAUCAAGUUUGAAAUGCUGAGCAUGACUAUGGUGUUCCCAUUUUAGUGGAAUCACAUUCCUGUGCUGCAUCAUUCUUUGAGGAUUAUCAACGUGGUAUCAUUUAUAGAAGUCGCAGGCCUACGGUCACCAGUUGUUUGUCAAAAUGUACGAAUGAAAAUUGUGUCGUGGUCGGUCAUCUUAUUUGAAAUUUUACGCAAAACCUCAUGCCAUCCACAAUUGGCCAUUGGAUCAUAUAGCCUCUCAAAUGAAGUUGGUCUGGAGCAUUGUUAAA